CGCCCGUCGCGGUUGCUGCCCCACCUGCCCCUACGCUAGCCGAGCUGGUCGUUGCGCCGAUGCCCGCGGUCGUCGCACCGGCCGCGCAGCCCGCUCAAGAUGCCUUCGUCGCCAUACCGCCUCCGCCCACUUCUGUAUACCUCCCGCCAAUCAACCAAGUAGUCGCCGCUCUCCCUGAACUACCGUACAACAUCGCGCUGCCUCCAAUCGUCGCGCCCCAGCCGGUGACAACGCAGAACUUCAGGAUGCAGCUUGGCUUCAUCAUGUUGUAGUAGCGCACGGUUUCCUUCUUAAUAUAACACAGAGAGAUGGUCUUGAAUUGGUCGUAGAAUUUGCAAAGUAGUUAGCCCCUU